UCUAGUUCGCACCGGUUAUCGAUGCAGAUACUUGCAAAAAAUAAUUAAUUUACAAAUAAACAAGACGGAAUUGGUGAUUUACUCCUUGAUUUAAGCAGCAAACUAAAGCAGGAUGCCCGUGCUGCCGAUGCCACCACUCAUGAACGCCGUGGAGCCGAUGCAAGUGGAUGCGCCGCCGAACGAGGACAAUGAGAACAACGAGGAGCAGCAGAUUGUGGUGGAGAAUCCCAGCAUUGAUCUCGAGGUGUAUGCCAACCAGUAUGCCGGGAUCGUGCGGCUGCAUCGCUUGAUUUACGUGGCCGACGUCUGCCCGAUUCUGGCGGUGGAGGCGCUGAAAAUGGCCAUCACCUAUGUGCAGACCACCUACAACGUCAAUCUCUACCAGCUGCUGCACAAGCGUCUGAGCGAUCUGAAUGCGGGGAAUGCCCCAGUUCCGCCGGCCAAUGCUGGUGGAGAUCAGGGAGCUGCCCCGGCAGCGGCACCUCUUCCGGAUAUCGCCGCCCAGCCGGUGGCAGCCCAGGCGCAGGGACAGCAGGCUCAGCCCGCUGGCGAGAAGGAUGCCUUCGCCUACGAUGCCGGUUGGGUGGACACCAAGAUGAAGAAGGCCGCCCUGAAGCUGGAGAAACUGGACUCCGAUCUGAAGAACUACAAGUCGAAUUCGAUCAAGGAGAGCAUUCGCCGGGGCCACGAUGACCUGGCCGAUCAUUAUCUCAGCUGUGGCGACCUCACCAAUGCCCUGAAGUGCUAUUCCCGGGCCAGGGAUUACUGCACCAGCGGCAAGCAUGUGGUCAACAUGUGCCUGAAUGUGAUCAAGGUUUCGAUUUACCUGCAGAACUGGGCCCAUGUCAUGAGCUACAUUUCCAAGGCGGAGAGCACUCCGGACUUUGCCGAGGGCUCCAAGGAGGCCAAUGCCCAGGUGCAUACCCGCCUGGAAUGCGCUGCUGGGCUGGCGGAACUGCAGCAGAAGAAGUACAAGGUGGCCGCCAAGCAUUUUCUCAAUGCCAACUUCGAUCACUGCGACUUUCCCGAGAUGAUCUCGACCAGCAAUGUGGCAGUUUAUGGCGGACUCUGCGCCCUGGCCACCUUUGAUCGACAGGAGCUGAAGCGCCUGGUCAUCGCCUCCACGUCCUUCAAACUCUUCUUGGAACUGGAGCCGCAGCUAAGGGAUAUCAUCUUCAAGUUCUACGAAAGCAAGUACGCCUCCUGCUUGACGCUGCUGGAUGAGAUCAGGGACAAUCUGCUGGUGGACAUGUACAUUGCGCCCCAUGUGACCACUCUGUACACCAAGAUACGCAAUCGCGCCCUCAUCCAGUACUUUAGCCCCUAUAUGUCAGCGGAUAUGCACAAAAUGGCCAUGGCCUUUAACUCAUCGGUGGGCGAUUUGGAGAACGAGGUGAUGCAGUUGAUAUUGGACGGGCAAAUCCAGGCGCGCAUCGAUUCGCACAACAAGAUCCUGUACGCCAAGGAGGCGGAUCAGCGGAACAGCACCUUUGAGCGGGCUUUGAUCAUGGGCAAGCAGUACCAGCGCCACACCAGGAUGCUCGUCCUGCGCGCUGCGAUGCUCAAGAGCCACAUCCACGUGAAGAGCAUUUCCAGGGAGGGCGGCAGCAACCACGGCGCCGAGCUCUGCGUCUCCGCUGGAUCCUCCACAACUGCUCAGUUGGCCAGGAUUUAGGGGAAUGCACCGAU